UGCAGCAAACUUCCUGCUGCCCUCGUCGUACACUUUUUGCCCCCCCUAGUUACUCUCACGCCGCUUCUUUUAGGACCAAAACAAAACAAAACCCUGAACAUGGCAUCUGUCCUUCACAGGCUGGCCGUACCGAGGUGCUCUCUGCUGCGGCGCUUGGCUGUGCCACCGCGGGAAACGCAACGACUUAAACACCAGGUUUUACACCGGGACGGCACGCGACUGCUCGCCGGGGGAAGUCGCUCUCUCGCGGCCUGCAGCCGCGCCGACAGCCGCUCACAGCACACAGCGGCGGAGGUGGAGGUGGAGCUGAAGCGGCUCGAGGGACAGGACGAGGGAAUAGUGGAGGUGUUGAUGUGCCGACACAGAGCAAGGAACGCUCUCGGUCACACGUUUGUGUCACAGAUGAGGGAGCUGGUGUCCACUCUGUCCCAUGACUCAGCGGUUCGCGUGGUGAUCUUCAGGAGUUUGGUGCCGGGGGUCUUCUGUGCUGGUGCCGACCUGAAAGAACGAGCAUUAAUGGACAACUCAGAGUCCGAUCUGUUCGUUCACAGCCUGCGCUCCCUCAUGACUCAAAUAGCGAUAUUACCCACGCCCACCAUUGCAGCCAUGGACGGCGUCGCGCUGGGAGGUGGACUGGAGCUCGCGCUGGCCUGCGACCUGCGCACUGCCUCAACUUCCGCCCAGAUGGGUCUGAUUGAGACGACGCGAGGGCUGCUCCCGGGGGCGGGGGGCAGCCAGCGGCUGCCACGGAUGGUCGGCGUCACUCUGGCCAAGGAGCUCAUCUUCACAGGCAGGCGUGUGGGAGGGCAGGCCGCUCUGGAGUUGGGGCUUGUAAACAGAGCCGUCGAACAGAACCAGAGCGGAGAUGCUGCUUACAAAGAGGCUCUGACCCUGGCCAGAGAGAUACUACCCCAGGCUCCUUUUGCUGUGCGGAUGGCCAAAGAAGCAAUAAAUAGAGGCGUUGAGGUUGACAUUGGGUCAGCAAUGGCAAUAGAGAGGCUGUGUUAUGCCAGGGUCAUUCCCACACGGGACCGACAGGAGGGCAUGGCGGCCUUCAUCGAGAAGAGACCGCCACGAUACACCGGGGAAUGAAAGCGCCCCGCCGGUACACCAACAUGAAGUUGAAGAAAGAUAUUUAUCAGACACUGUUUGCAAAGAAUCCCCCCUAAAUCCAAUGAUGCAUUUAAAGUUCUGGGUCAGUGUGGGCUGCAAAAUGAUUUUCUACUUAGUUGACCCACAGUUCAGAAGGAGAUAUUGUAGGAUCUGAGUGGGUGGGUUCUGUUGAUCAAAUCGAUCGUCGUUCUCAAUCAUAAGUAGGUAAUGUUCUCAUUGUGUUUUGAGUGGACUAAAAAAGAAAAAAAGCUCCAGUUUAUAUGGCAACACAUUCUUUAUUUUAAUACUUGAAAACAUGACUGAGCAGCAUAAUGGCACAGUCUUGGCAUACAUACAAUUUUUUUUUAAUGUUUAUUCUUUUUACCCCUUUCCUUUUCUAGUUGAAAUAAAUCGUAAGAAAACUAAAACUGGCUUUAAAUCUGAGCAAUGUUCAAGCAAUGGACGAAACAGCCGAAUUCAACGGACGCGACAGAAAUCCUUAUUAAAACUCAUAAUCCAGUCCCAGUUGGAUGCUUAACAAACGGUACAUGACGUAUUUAACAAAACCGUAAGGCCAUAACUCACUGUGCAGAUCAGGGGGUGUACAUUAGGUAAGCUUUGCUGUCUGGUAUAUUUAUUUAUUUCACCUUGUUAUGUAUGCAAACUGACCCGUCCUUUACGGCAUCACUGUUUUUAACCGCAGGUUGUAAAACGGAGGUUGAUGUGACUUGCAUAGAAAAUGCAAGGUGAGAACUAAGAAGUGAAUAAUUAAAGUGGCAGCCUCUGCAGUCUG